CAAAUGCAGUUGUCUACGCUUCUUAACGUACAGUAUAUACUUGGCUGGUUUGCCGACCAAGCUGAGCGACCAGCAGAAGGGUUGAGACGUCUUGGCCAAGAAUUGGAACUUUUCCCUGAGGUAGAAGAUUAUAGUCAAUGGCCCCCAAGUACACCUAUACCCAAACCCGUUGUUUUAUGGCAUGGUUUGGGAGACAAUUUCAAUUCUUCAGGAAUGCACAAGGUGGCCACCAUAUUUGAGCUGCUUCAUCCUGAUAUAUAUGUCCAUUCCGUGCAAUUGGCUGAAGAUCCAGCUUCAGACGAACAAAAGUCAUUUGUAGGUGAUGCGAACGAACAGUUGGACAUUGUAUGUAAGCAGCUUCUGAAAGUACCUCAAUUGCGCCAGGGCUUUGAUAUCGUUGGGUUUUCUCAGGGUGGAGUGUUCGCCAGAGCAUUAGUUGAAAGGUGUUCUCUGAUUUCAGUAAGCAAUUUGAUUACAUUUGGUGCUCCCCACAAUGGAGUUCUGGAACUUCCCAUGUGUAAGGAUGCCAAUGACUGGCUCUGUAAGAACAGAAAUGAAGUUCUCAAGAAGCUGGUCUGGUUCGAUAAUGUACAGAAAUAUAUCAUCCCAGCACAAUACUUUCGUACUCCAAAGGACUACUCGAGUUAUUUGAAGUAUUCCAAUUUUUUAGCUGAUAUCAACAAUGAACGGACAGAAGUCAACAUUACCUACAAGAGAAACUUAAGUAAGUUGUCUAAGUUUGUAAUGGUUACAUUUGAUGAUGAUACCACUUUGAUUCCCAAGGACAGCGCUGGGUUCCAGGAUAUUGACGCUGAAACGGAUGCUAUUAUACCUUUUGAGCAAACAAUCAUAUACACAAGGGAUUUGUUGGGACUUCAGAGCUUGCACUCUUUAGGUAAGAUAGACUUCUAUAGUAUUGAAGGUGAUCAUAUGCAGAUUCCAGAGUCUUUCUUGGUUAUGAUUGGGGUUAAGUAUAUAGGUUCAUAUUGGUAGUUAUGAAAUAAUUGGUUUAAGUG